AUGCCCCAGGCACACUGGAGGAGCAAACUACUGGCUGGGUACCAGGAGAUCCCAUUCUACCACAUCUGGAACGGUUCCCAGCGGUUCCUCCACUGUACCUUCACCCUGGAGCGGCUCAACCUCAGCACCUGUGAGCUCACCUGUCAGCUGUGUGUCUGGCAGGUAGAGGGGGAGGGACAGAGCUUCGGUCUCGACUUCAACAUCGCCAAGGACAGUCGACCCCUGGACCCGGAGUUCCUGCUGAUGGACACUAACCCUAGCGGCUCAGCUCUAGCAGGACCCAGUGCUUUCCAGAUCCCCUAUCUCAUCAGGCAGAAGAUCUGCAGUAGCCUGGAUACACCUUGUCCCAACGGGGCCGAUUGGAGACUGUUGGCCCAGAGACUCAAACUGGACAGACACAUGAGUUUCUUUGCAUCCAAGGCGAGUCCCACCAGUGUGAUUCUGGAUCUGUGGGAGGCCCAACACUUCCACAGCGGAAACCUGAACCAGCUGGCCACCGUCAUGGCCGACAUCGGCAAACAGGAAGCUAUGAUCUUCCUGGUCUCAGACGGAGAGUGCUAGCCCAGGCUUUGUCCCAAUACUGCACCCUAUUCCCUAGAUAGUGCACCAAAGUAGGUGACUAACUAGGUAACAGGGUGCCAUUUGAGAUCGGUCCCCUAAAGAGAGAGAGGACUGGAACAGGGUAGAAUAUACAGACACAAGAGAGGAGAACGCCCC